AUGGCGUCAGGAAGCAAUAAAACGAUCGAUAUGAUCUUUUUGGUCCACGGACUGUCUAACAUUGAGAUAAACGCACAAGAACAGUGGAUCAAUUUUUCAACACCUCUUGAGAAGAAAUUAGGCUCAGAUUGUGUGAUUAAAUACGUCAAAGCAAAUAGCAACAAGACCACAGAUGGCAUUGUCGUUGGCGGUCUUCGUGUUGCGAAUGAAGUAUGUCAAGAGAUGAAAGAUGAAAAAGAGAGUCGAACGGGAUGCACGUUCAGAAUACAUUUAAUCGGUCACUCAUUGGGAGGUCUUUACUUACGUCAAGCUAUACCUUUAUUGGUUAAAAGAGGUGUUUUCAAUAGCACUUGUAUUCCAUUUAGCUUUUUGACAUUAGAAACACCACACCUUGGCGUGAAAAAGCCAGACAAUAAUGGUGGCUUUGAUGACAUUUUUAAGACGGUCUCAAACUCGAUGUUCUCGGGACAAACAAUCAACGAACUUCAACUAACAGACCGCCCAUACCCACCAUACGACCCAAAAUUCGUUGAUGAAUUUCCUCUCUUAUUUAGAAUGGUUGAAGACGAAUAUAUCAACGCACUGAAAAUUUUCAAACACCUCACGUUGAUACAAAAUAUCAAAUUUUCAUUCCAAGUCCCAUACGUCUCGGCUGCUUUGGAUCGCGCUAUUCCUUAUGACAGAGAAUUUUACAAAGACAAAUACUUUGUUGACGGAUUUGACUUUGCAAAGGACUACACUGACAUCAUAGAUGGGUGCGAGAAGAAAUAUAUUCUUCAACCACAACAAGGGGAAGUCAUUGAAGAGAAAAAGGACGGCUGUGUCAUAUACGAAAAGAUGGUCGAGAAAUUGAAUCAACUUCCUUGGCGACGAGUCAACGUGAACUUCCGAACGAAGUCUCCUGACGUGCACCAAUUCCUCAUUGGACAGUUUUUGCGAAAGAAAAUCUUCAAGAACUGGGGAAACGACGACGUCGACAAUUUCAUUAAAACAGUUGCAGAACUUAUUGAACGUGACGUAGAGAUCGACAAUGGCAAAUUAGUGAAGCCAAAUAUCGAAGGUGAUACCCUUAUUGAUAUUGAUGCACAAAAGUUGAAAAAGAACUCCGAGCAAAUAGAUACUAAAAAAGAGGAAAGAGCUUAUUUAGACCAAACUACAACAGUUAAGCAAACCACUGAAAUAACAACUCUUCUUUAA